AUGUCUUUCGGAUUUGGCGGUGGUGGCUUCGGCCAGAAUACCCAGAGCAGUAAUACCUUCGGCGGCGGCGGCUUUGGGGCAAACACCAACAACACGACCUCCGCCUUCGGAUCAUCCAGCACUCCUGCGUUUGGGGCGCCGGCGCAGACAACCAACACCGGGGGCGGCCUCUUUGGUGGAGGAGGCACCACAGGUGGCUUUGGCAACACUGGGGGCGCUUUUGGCACGUCAAGCAACACAGGAUUCGGUGCCGCAAAACCCGCGUUUGGUGCCGCUACAUCCGGAGCAGGAGGCGGACUCUUCGGCUCAACGACGGCAACGACAGGCGGUACUGGUUUUGGAGGAGGUGGAUUUGGAACCAACACUGCUGCCACUUCUUCGCCAUUCGGUGGUGGAGGCACCAACUCCCUGUUCGGCGCCAACAAGACGUCAACUCCUUUCGGCGGCGGGGCGAAUACCACAACCGGCACUGGGACUUCAAUGUUCGGAGGUGGUGGUGGGUUCGGCACAGGCGGCAACACCACCAGUGCGUUCGGAGGUGCGACCAACAAUCCCGGAAUAGGCACGAAUGUCGGAGAGCCCCCUGGAACUGCUGUCCUGGCUUUCUCCCCCUAUCUUGAGAAGGAGCCCAACAGCACCGCACAGAACUCUUUCCAGAACAUUUUGUUCCAAGAGCCAUACAAGAAGUUCUCGGCCGAAGAACUCAGGAUGGCAGACUAUACUCAGGGUCGGCAAUACGGCAACGGCCCAGCAGGCGGUAGCGGCGCCUUUGGCACAACCUCCGGGUUUGGUGGAGGGAGCUUCGGCAACAAUGCUACUCAGAACACAGGCUUCGGAGCCGCCAACACCACCGGCGGCCUCUUUGGCAACACCCAAAAUAACGCGGCUACGACCGGCUUCGGCAAUACGACGAACACGGGCGGGUUCGGUGCCGUUGCGACCGGUGGUGGUCUUUUUGGACAGUCUAAACCUGCGACAGGCGGGUCUCUAUUUGGCAACUCAACCACGACGACUCAGCCAGCGCAGACCGGCGGACUAUUUGGUUCUACAGGUGCUACCUCAGGUGGCUUCGGAACCACGAACACUGCCACGGGUGGCUUCGGUACCGGAAAUACCGGCGGCGGCUUGUUCGGCACCAACAACCAGAACAAGCCUGCUACCACAACCGGAUUCGGGGGAUUCGGGGGCGCCACGACGGGCACUGGCUUUGGCUCCAACACCGGGACCGGCACAGGCUUCGGUCAGAACAACACCGCGAAUACAGGCGGUGGCCUCUUCGGGAAUACGAACACGCAACAAACCAACACCGGCGGUGGUCUUUUUGGCAACACCAACCAGCAGCAGCCCCAGUCCACUGGCUUCGGCGCCGGUGGUUUUGGGCAGAACAACCAACAGCCGGCCGGUGGCGGCCUGUUUGGAGGCCAGAACAAGCCUGCAGCCACUACUGGAGGGCUCUUCGGCAACACCGGCACUCAGCAAAGCGCUGGAGGAGGUCUAUUCGGGAACAACACCACCACCAACGCAGGUGCAUUCGGUCAGACCAACAACCAGCAGCAAAGCGGUGGUGGCUUGUUUGGACAGGGCAACAAACCGGCAACUGGUGGCCUCUUCGGGAAUAGCACCGCUGGACAGACUGGACAGGCUGGAGGUGGUCUCUUCGGCGGCCUGGGAUCCAACAACCAGACGCAGCAGCAGCAGGGUGCGCCCACAUCGUUGUUUGGAACCUUGAACAACGCCCAGAGCCAACAAAAGCCAUCCCUCUUCGGCCAAACAGGACAAUCUACUGGCGGUGGUCUCUUCGGAACACAACCUGCACAACAACCGGGGGGCGGUCUCUUCGGACAGUCGACAGCUCAACAGCCACAACAGAAUUCCGUCCUGGGAGGCUCUCUUUUCAACAACUCUCAGAACAAUCAGGCGGCUCCCCAAGCAUUGACUGCUAGCAUUGGCGACGUCAAUGCCUACGGCACACCGUCCCUCUUUUCGGGUCUUGGGAAUGGAGAGGCGCAGAACCCCGGGCCCCUUGCAACGCCAUUGUCCGGCAAGAAGAAGGAGCGCAAGGGCUCUAUUCUCCCCAUGUGGAAGCUGAACCCUGGAUCUUCCACCAGGUUUAAUACUCCAGUCAAGCGGGGCUUUGGCUUCUCUUACAGUACCUACGGCUCCCCAGCUACACCAUCAAGUGCAGGUAGCACACCUGGUGGGUUCGGACAGAGUCUGCUUGGUACAGGGAAUCUGAAUCGGUCCCUCAGCAAGAGUGUUUCCUCGAGCAACCUGCGCAAGAGUUUCAAUGCCGAGGAUAGUAUCCUGACGCCGGGCUCGUUCUCAUCCAGCAUGGGAACUCGCCCCUACGGCAGCGCAGGCUUGAAGAAAUUGAACAUUGACAAGUCCUUGCGCCUCGAUCUGUUCUCUUCUCCCUCCAGAGAUAAGCAGCCCGCAGAGUUACCCAAUGGUCCCCGCAAGCUCCCCAAACGGGUUAGUUUCGAUACGAGCCUUGACGCGUCCGAGAAUGGCACGCUUGAUGGCGCACCGGGAACCCCUACUGCCUCUGCUCAGGAUCUGGGCUUCAUCCGCCCAACAAAUGGAGGUAACCUUACAGCCAAUGGUGGUUCGAAGAGCCCGGAUGCCCAGCCUGAGAUGGAACAGGCCAAGGGCAACGAACUGGCAGUUGUGCACGAGGAGCCUUCCUCUGCACCUGCACCCCAGAACGCCACCUCUUCUCCGAGCAAAGAAGCCGGAGCUUAUUGGCUGAGUCCUUCCAAGGACGAAAUUUUGAAGAUGAACCGUGUGCAGCGAGCUCAGGUACCCAACUUUACUGUUGGUCGGGAGAACGUUGGACAGGUACAAUUCAAGACACCUGUUGACCUCACCAAUAUCGACCUGGAUGAGAUUCCAGGAAACGUCGUUGUCCUGGAGACCCGGUCUUGCACGGUUUACCCAGUCGCUGCGAAGAAGCCCCCAGUGGGCAAGGGCUUGAACGUACCCUCUGAGAUCUCUCUGGAGCACUCCUGGCCGCGUGGCCGGGACAAGCGGACACCAAUCGCUGAGAAGUCCGGCCGUGCGUUCAACAAGCAUGUCGAGCGCCUCAAGAAGAUCCCCGACACGAAAUUCAUCGACUACAACGCGGAAACUGGGGUGUGGACCUUCGAGGUCGAGCACUUCACUACCUACGGCCUCGACUAUGACGAGGAAGACACUGAAGGCGAUACUCUCGCUGAGGUCGCCCCGGAGGAUGCCGACCUUCCUGCGCCACCCGUGUCAUCUUUUCAUGUGGAGCAUGAGCACCCUUCCGCUGAGCCUGAGGACACUUUUGAGUUUAGGCGGAAGCGACGCGCCCUUCCUGGCGCUUUCGACUACACAGGUGCUGUUUCCGACGACGAAGAGGAUAUGGCCGACGCCAACGAGCAGUCUUUUUUAUCUAACCGCUCCGCGGGCUCUCUGUCCAAAGCCUUAGAACACCACGAGGAUGAAAUAAUGGACGAAGAGCAUGCUCUACCCGAGGCACAAGAUACGAGUGCUUACCUGGGGUAUCAUCAAGCCGCGGAGCCAGAUUACGACUCGCCUUACCAUGGAUCGAUGGCCGAGUACCAGGAGACGCCUGGCGGCAUCAUGAGGGCCAGAAUGCGCGCUAUCAAGGACUCGAACACGCCUUUCAAGCUUCAGGUCGCCGAUGGGGAUGACUGGAUGGACAUGCUCCAGAAAACCAUCGGCCCAGCAAAGCGAGAUCGCGCUGCGUUGAAAGCCAUCAAUGAGGAAGAGACCUAUGAGGACCUGAAAGCCAGUAUACGACAGGAUGCUGCGCAGGCAAAGCCAAGAGCCGUGCCGGAUGGCCGUGGAUUUGCCACGAGCAUUGAGCUCAUGAACUCGUUGUUCGAGAAGCCCAAGGCGCCGGCUCGAUCUGCGCCGGCUCCCAUUCCCACGUCAGGAUUCAAGUGGCCAUACAAGAGACAAGACAAGACUGGCGAGGAGGACGAAGCCAAUAUGGAUCCUGCCGACAAAGCCUUCCACGACACCCUCCGCCCAAGCUGGGGCCCGGAUGGCACCCUGGUCAUCUCUACCACGCCAAAGACCAUCACCAGAUCAUCCAGGCGAGCUCUCGAGAAGGACGGCAUCAUGGCUAUGGGUAAGCUCAACAUCGUCUCUGAGCAUCGCGAUAUUCGGUUUGCGAAAUUCUCCAACGAGACGUCGCCAAAGUCACUGGCCAAUCAAAUGGCUUUGACCCGUGUCAACCUCGUCGACAACGUCCCCACCGUGUCGCUGGGACCGAUUAGCACGUUGACGGCCUUUUUCCACGGGCAGGACCUGCAGAACCCGGCCAACGCCCACGAGAAGAUGGUCUGGGACCUCGCCAGCAUCCUCUUCGAUCAAGUUACCGACGUCGAUGGAAACAGAGUUCCACCGUCUGGGCUGCGUCAGGCUCGCCGACGUAACCUCUCCAAGUUCUGGCAGAACACUGUCGAAGAGGCGUCUAACAAAGCUGUCGGCAUGGCUCGAUCCCCCGAGGAUAAGGCCAUCGCGUCCCUAUCCGGCCACCAGAUCCCAGACGCUUGCAAGCACCUGCUUGAUGGCAAGAACUUCCGGUUGGCAACGCUGGUCUCACUCAUUGGGACCAGUGACCAGCUCAUGCAAGACAUGCGGGAACAGGUCAAGGAAUGGCGUGAGGUCAACGUUCUGUCCGAGUUCACUGAGCCAAUUCGUGCCAUUUAUGAAUUACUCGGAGGUAACGUCUGCGCCGUCGAGGGAACUAAGGGGGCCAUGGAGAAUCGGAUGGAGUCAUUCGUGCUCUCACAACGAUUCGGCUUGGACUGGAAGCAGGCAUUCGGGCUUCGUCUAUGGUACGCAAUCACCUCAGCCGAUGAUGUCGUCGAAGCAAUCCACUCUUUUGCCGACGACAUCCAGCAAGACAAGGAGCCGAGGCCUCAGCCAUGGUUCGCCGAGCAAGGUAUCUCUGCCUUAUGGGAUGACCCUGACAAGGACCUGCGCGAGGAUCUACUGUGGGGAUUACUGAAGCUGUAUGCCGACAAGGAGAUUGAUCUGGCCGACAUCCUCCGGCCCGAGAACUCGCAACUAUCCCCUCUGGACAACCGCCUGUGCUGGCAGCUGGGCCAGGCUCUUGUCAACACCGGCAAGGUCUCAUUCGGACGCGACGCGGACGAUAAGGCUGACGCUGCGACUCUGACGUUCGCGUGGCAGCUGACCAACGAUGGUCACUGGCUCGAAGCCGUCUUCGUCCUCCUGCACCUGACCAACCCUGCGGCUCGAGCCAAGGCGAUCCAGGAGCACCUCUCCCAUCACGCCCAGCUGAUUGGAAGCGAGCAGAGCGAGGACUUCGCGACGCUCACGCAGACCUUCAAGAUCCCCGCGGAGUGGGUGUGGCAGGCCAAGGCGCUGUACAUGCGCAGCGUCAAGGGCAACCCCAGGCAGGAGGUCGUGUACCUGCUGCGGGCGGGCAGCUACGCCGAGGCCCACAAGACCUUCACCAAGCAGGUCGCGCCUUCGGCGAUCAUCGAGCGCGACUGGGACGGCCUGGACGACCUGCUGUCCGAGUUCGGCGACGACGCGGCCAGGUUCGUGCCGGACUGGAACUUCGGCGGCAGGAUCUACCGCGACUUCAUCGAGCUCGUCCGACACGUCGAGCACGGCUCGGCGGCCGCCGUGCCGCCGCGCGUGGUCGAGGGCCUGAUGGCGGGCCUGCCGGCGCUGCACGAGAGCGUCCAGGUCAGGCAGGACGCGGAUGUGCUGGAGGUCGCGGCCGUCGCGGACAUGGCGAGCGAGGUGGCCAAGGUGGUUGUUGAGCUGGCUAAGAAGGGCGAGACCUCACUCAACCAGGUCCUCGGCCUGCCGCUCACGGAGGAUGCGUACUUGAAGUACUCGAACGAGCUGGCCUUUGCGUAUUACAGGGACGUCAUGGUCGGGCGUGGAUGA